UUCAUUAUUAAUUCUUGUUUCAUUGUUUUAAAAAUAUUUUCAUUCAAUUUUAAAUGUAUUUCACUCAAAUGUAUGUUAUUUCAUGUGGUCUAACCAUCAUUUUUUUGCACCAUGAAUAAAACUGUUUACACAUUUUAAUCAUUACUGUCAAAAAAAGUCAUAAAAUAUAUUUUUCAUGAUAAAUAUAUAAUAAUAUAUGUAUAUAUUUUACAAAUAUCAUCACGAAUUAUUCAUUGAUAAAUAUAAGUCGCACCACAUGACAUUUUACAACCUGAACUAACCUUGUCUUGUCAUAAAAUGGUCAAAUUAUCUGAUAUUUAAGAGACUUAUUGACCUUGAGAAAGUCGUAAAGGGUCCAUAGGGGUCCUCUCUGUGACAUAAUUUCCUGUUUUUAUUUUCUUCAUCAUUUUCUUUGGUUAUACCACAUGACUUGGACAAAGUGUUUCAAAUGUUGCAGUAAAGCAGUUUUAUUAAAAUAUAUUUUUUUUCUAAAUAAACAGCAAGGAAGAUAAUAAUUAGGCUUUUUUCUUCAUUAUCAAGACAGUACCACCCUGACAUUUUUACUUUAUGCCCCCCCCCCCCCAAAAAAAUCUAAAUGAUUAAAAAUUAAAAACAUGCCCAGUAUUAUAUGUCAUUAUAUGUAUAAAUUGUAUUUUAAAUGUGUAAAAAAAAUCCCCAAAACAAUAGAUCCAGACCGAAAAAUGAGCUUCAUCAUGUCACUGAACCUAUUACAACAUUACUGUGCAAACUGAUAUUAUUUUUAGUUGGUACAUGAGCUCAUUUUGGCAGGCGGCUGACUGUAAGUCAGUCUUGAGCAGCUAAAUGGGUGAACAUAAGGAGUAUUCCCAAGACCUGCAAUUUACCAUGACUCCGAUUACAUUUUCCAGCCUUUUCUUUGUCUCAUGGUGUUUACAAGGCCCUUUCUGCAUUCCUGUAAGCCGCUCAUUUGUCAAAUCUCCAUCCGGCUCUUGCUUAACGCGGCAAGGAGAGAGAAUGCGAUCAAAAUGGUCGCCCUUAGCAGUGACUGCAGGAGGAGGAAAAGAAUAAAACCAUCGGACAUGUUUGUCUGAACAUCUACGUCCUGUGUUUAUUCACACCGGUAGUUUUCAGAGCAGAAUAUGAGUAUUUUCCUGGUAAAUGGCAGCAGCAGCCCUCCCUGCAUUGCAGCAGUGUAUCAGAGCAGAGAGAGGGGAGCAGGGAGAGCCUGUGUGGCACACACAGCGCCAGCCGCCCAAUCACGCGCCUCCGUGUGGCUCUCAAACCAAUCGGCAGCACACAGCUGAGGUUAAAGAUUGACAAUCGCUCUGAGAGCAGCAGGGAGAGCAAGGCCCUUCUGGAAAAUUCUGCACCCAUCUUUGUCUCAUCCCUCACUGCCUUUAAAUCUGAAAAAACAUAUUUAAAAGGCUCAGCCUGAAGAAUCUGUGUACUGUGCCUGUAAAGAAAAAGUUUGGCUGAAGGAGAAGGGAAGGAGUCAGAUGCAAUUGAAGGGAUGGAAAUCGCAACACGAUCCAAGGGCUCUGAUCAAGGGUCAGCGGAAAGGAGCGUCCCUAAGCGCAAGGUUUCCAGCCCCCCUCACUCCUCAAAUGGACACUCCCCUUCCGAAUCCUCCUCCAGUCCUGUGAAAAAGAAGAAAAAACCAGGAGCCGUUAAUAGCAGUAAAGAUCAGUCAGAACUAAGACAUGGUCCCUUUUACUAUGUGAAGCAGCCCGCACUCACCACAGACCCUGUUGAUGUUGUACCGCAGGACGGGCGGAAUGACUUCUACUGUUGGGUGUGCCACCGCGAGGGCCAGGUGCUCUGCUGUGAGCUCUGCCCGCGCGUCUACCAUGCUAAGUGCCUCAAACUGGCCGCAGAGCCCGAAGGAGAUUGGUUCUGUCCUGAAUGUGAGAAAAUAACAGUUGCUGAGUGCAUAGAGACCCAGAGUAAAGCUAUGACGAUGCUUACAUUGGACCAGCUGUCUUUCCUGCUGAAGUUUGCUCUUCAGAAGAUGAAGCAGCCAGGUACUGAACCAUUUCAGAAGCCGGUGUCGUUAGAACAGCAUCCUGAUUAUGCAGAGUAUAUAUUUCAUCCCAUGGAUCUCUGCACUUUAGAAAAGAAUAUCAAAAAGAAAAUGUAUGGCUCCACUGAGGCUUUCCUGGCUGAUGUGAAGUGGAUUUUGCACAAUUGUAUCAUUUAUAAUGGAGGCAACCAUAAACUUACAGCAACGGCUAAAGUUAUUGUAAAAAUCUGCGAGCAUGAAAUGAAUGAGAUCGAGGUCUGUCCAGAGUGCUAUCUCUCUGCAUGCCAGAAAAGGGACAACUGGUUUUGUGAACCAUGUAGCAACCCCCACCCUCUGGUAUGGGCCAAGCUGAAGGGAUUCCCAUUUUGGCCUGCCAAAGCUCUUCGAGACAAAGAUGGACAAGUGGAUGCACGGUUCUUUGGGCAACAUGACAGGGCCUGGGUUCCUAUUAACAACUGCUACCUCAUGUCCAAAGAGAUUCCCUUCUCUGUGAAAAAGACCAAGAGCAUCUUCAACAGUGCCAUGCAGGAGAUGGAGGUGUAUGUAGAAAACAUCCGCAAAAAAUUUGGAGUCUUUAAUUACGCCCCAUUCCGCACACCCUACACACCAGACAACCAGUUUCAGAUGCUUGUGGACCCGGGAAAUCCUGGCGCGGGCUCCAUCAAACCUGAAAAACUUGAGAAGAUCAAGUUUAGCUUUGAUGUAACGGCAUCUCCUAAGUUGCUCGUGGGCAAGAGCAUGGUGUCCAGUGGGAGCGUAGGGGGCGGGACAGGAAGACGAAUCUCAUUGACGGACAUGCCUCGUUCACCAAUGAGCACUAACUCUUCUGCCCAUACGGGAUCUGAUGGAGAACAGGAGACUGCAGAGAAAGGUCAUGCUAGAGCGGCCCUGCCCCAUUACAGCACUGGAGAGGAGUCACUGGAUUGCACUGCAUCACCUGCCCCUCCUAGAGCGGGUCUCACGGGCAACACCUUAGAGAGCCCUAAACCCUUCCACUCACCAGCUCCCAGCACCCCGGUUAAACAGGAGAAGACCCCCACCACUGGCAGCAUCCUCAACCUCAACCUUGAUCGUAGUAAGGCAGAGAUGGACCUAAAGGAGCUGAGUGAAAGUGUCCAGCAACAACAGCAGCAGGGGGCUCAGCCCUCCCUCACUUCCCCAAAGAGACAAAUCAGAAGCCGUUUCCAACUCAACCUGGACAAGACCAUAGAGAGCUGCAAAGCACAGCUGGGUAUAGAUGAAAUAUCUGAGGAUGUGUGUAAAGGUGUAGAGCACAGCGAUUCAGAGGAAUCUGACAAGUCUGACUCCAGCGACAGUGAAUACGGCAGCGACGAUGAACAGAAAUCCAAGAGUGACCAAGACAAAAACGCAGCUGAUGAUAAAAAUGAGAAAGAGCCACCCAAGAAAAAGUUAAAACCAUCUGUUGCUGCUGGUGAGGAUAAAGACAGCAGCACAGAGUCUGCUGCUACGGCCAGUACAGCAACCAAGGGAGAAACCAGCCAAAAAAGCACCUCCGACCCUAUAGCUAAAGACAAACCAGGUAUGGACUCGGAGAAAGAACCUCCUGAGAAACUCAAAACAGCUCAAGCAUCCUCAGAUUCCAGAGAGAAACCCAAGAGCUCUGAGGAGGCCGGGCAGCCGGCAUCUGUGGAUGUAGACAUGGACUCAGAUUCUGAGAGGGAGCUGGUCAUUGACCUGGGGGAAGAGCAGGCAGGGAAGGAGAGGAAGAGGACCAGGAAAGAUUCAGCCGCUGUCACCGCACUCAAAGAGCCCACAGCCUCCAAAUCUGAAGGUAAAGCCACUCCAAUUUCAAGCACUCUCACCCAGCCUCAGAACUCAGCGGUCCUUUCCUCCUCCCCAAAUAUUAAAGACCCAUCCCAGUCCCCAAUGUCUGUCCCGCUUAACAUAAUACCCCUCACAGCAGCCCAGACCAGCACCACUCUGACCUCCACCCUCCCCAUUACCACUCCCUCCACCACCAACAGUUCUUCACCCAUCUCCACCAGCACAGUAAAGAAACAGCGGCCCUUACUGCCCAGAGAGACCGUACCUGUGGUGCAGCGGGCCGUCGUGUGGAACCCCACUACCAAGUUUCAGACGUCCUCUCAAAAGUGGCACAUGCAGAAGGUGCAUAGGCAGCAGCAGGGCCAAGUGCAACCGGCCACUCAGGCUCAGGUGUUAACGCAGGUGCAGCACAGCCAACAGCCACAGCAGCAAGCACAGGUCUCCUCAUCCUCGACGGGACAGCAGCCUUCAUCCAGCACCAGAUACCAAACACGACAGGCUGUGAAAGCUGUGCAGCAGAAAGACUCCCCACACACCACCUCCACCUCUGCAGUCACCCUGGUGACCAGCACACCGGUAUCAGCCACCGUGAUGGCAGGAGCCACCGUCAGCUCUUCCUCUUCAUCAUCAACUUCCACAACCGGAGACUUCCAGAUCCCCACCACAUCUGCAGAUGUAGCAGCAGACAUAGCCAAGUACACUAACAAAAUCAUGGAUGCAAUUAAAGGGACGAUGACUGAGAUAUAUAAUGACCUUUCCAAGAGUACGUCGGGAAACACAAUAGCUGAGAUUAGACGGUUGCGAAUUGAAAUUGAAAAACUGCAGUGGCUACAUCAACAAGAGUUAUCGGAGAUGAAGCACAAUUUAGAGCUAACCAUGGCAGAGAUGAGGCAGAGUCUUGAGCAGGAGCGAGAGCGAAUUGUGACGGAGGUCAAGAAGCAGAUGGAGGUGGAGAAACAGCAGGCCGUGGAUGAAACAAAAAAGAAGCAGUGGUGUGCAAACUGCAGAAAGGAGGCAAUUUUCUACUGUUGCUGGAACACCAGCUACUGCGACUAUCCCUGCCAACAAGCACACUGGCCUGAGCACAUGAAGUCAUGCACACAGUCUGCAACAUCAUCACAGCAAGAACAAGAGUCAGAAGGCAGUACAGACGUUACUCCCAAAGCUCCUGGGCAGCCGAACAAUGGACCCAACUCCCCUAGAGAGACUGUAUCUGCUACACCUGCAGACAAAGACAGUGAAGCGGAUAAAGCUAAGGACAAUGUCACUGUCACUAUGUCCUAGCUCACAUGUACAAAACAUACACUACAACAGCACUUACGUUUGUACAGCUGUACAUAGAUGUUGUCAAAUUCUUCACUACAAAAAUUCUUUUAACUAACGUUUGUCUUGCCUGAUUGUGCUUUUGUGUUUUUUUUUUUUCUGUUAUGAAUAUGUCUGAAUGUUCCAAAACUAAGACACAAACAAAGACCAUCCAAACAUUUCCUGCUGUAGGAUUGAGAGGGUUGUCCAAUUCUCUGUUGAGUUCGAUUGUAAACAGAAUUUAUUUCUUUUUCUUUCAAAUCUUGUGGGUAUGUUGGCUCUGAUAACUUUUGAGUUCCUGUUUUUUAAUGUUGCCAAAUUUAUAUUUAUAGUAUUUCAGAAUACCUGAUUUUCAGGUAUAAUCUUGAAAGAAUGAGUCACAUCAUUCACUUUAAAAAUGGUUACAGUUUUUUUUUUUUUUUUUUUUUUUCCAAAAAAAUAGUACAGAAUGUGGUUUUUAAUUUUUUAUUUUUUAUUUUUAAUAUUUUUAAGAAGAGUACUGUGCUGUAUUUAUUGGAAUAUCUUAUUUAUGCUAACUUAUCAAAAGAACAUUUGGUUAUAUAGAACCUAAGAGGCUACAUUAUAUCUUGUCCAUACAUCGCUAUGACAAGUUUAAACACUGUUUCACAAAUUAUGACUACUUUAUCUUGUUCGAUUUUGUGUCUCCAUGGAAAGGAGAAGGUUGAAACAUGUUGUAAAACUGUAUUAUCACUAGGUAAGAGUGAGCAUUAUAAAUGUGAGGCUCUGUUUAUUUGGUUUCCUGUAAUAUAUCUUAAAUGCCUUCAAUUUUUUGUUUUGCCAGUUCACCUGUCCUGUUGAUGUUAUUUUGUGACAUCUGUAGGAUCUCAUGGGCUCUCUUUUUAUUUACGUUUAUCUUUAACAGUUGAAAGGUACGUUUACGUUCAACAGUUGCAAGGUAGUGUUUGACCAUUGAUGACAGAUUUUGUCAUGCCUAUAUUGUUGGUGUCAAAUAAUUAUUUGCCUUUAAGAUUAUAAUUACUUUUAGACAAGUAAUUUAUGCAUCCUCCUUGAUCUUUCAAAAAUACCUAAUUUGUGUUUAAACAUUGUAAAAAUUUUAUUAUUGGUUUUAUUUCAAUUAGGUUUUAAUAUCCAUGUUAACAGGACUGUAAUUUCACACCAUAACAGGUGAUUAAAAACAGUACGUGUUUAACACUUUUUGUUAGUUAUAAUUUUGCAUAUAGCAUUCAUUUUGGUGCUGUAUUCUCAGUGUUUUAAGAAAAAAUUCUUAUGAACUCAUAAGAUACUGUAUCUAUGAACCACAAACAGAAACAUUCCUCCAUGUUAUGCUAUUAAAAGUGCAUAAAUAUGUUAUUCCAAAACAUGUACAGAAAAGGAGAGCGGUCAAGAAGAACAUAUAGAUGUUUACAUAUUGUAUAUAAAUAAAGAUCUGGUGGUCUAAAUUGUAAUUAAUAGUUUUUGUAUGGUGCAAGUGAAUUAAAGAGAACACCUGAUGUAAA